AUAAGACGCUCUGGUGGAGCUCAGAGGCUCCACUCAGCUGUCUCUCCAGACAUGGAGGCCAACAUUGUUGUUAUGGGCACAGAAAGCGUCGGGAAAUCAGCGAUUACUGUGCGUCUCUUAACUCGGAGAUUCAUCGGAGAGUAUGGAGAUAUCGAAUCCAUCUACAGACACAGUUUUGGGAGGGAAUUCACUCUCAAUAUUUGGGAUUCACCUUAUUCUGAGGAUCUGUCUGUGGAGACCUCCCUCUUUGAGAAGAAGGUCCAAUGGGCAGACGGCUACGUCCUUGUCUACAGCAUCUGUGACCGGGCCAGUUUCAACUCCGUCAGCAGGCUCAUUCAGGCCAUCAAGUCCACGAAGGACUACCUGAGCGCAGAUAAAGUGCCCAUCGUGAUUGUGGGUAACAAGAGGGACCUGCACCACAGGAGGACAGUCCUGAGCGAGGAAGGCCGGCUGCUGGCGCUCAACACGGACUGCCACUUCUACGAGGUGUCGGCGGCCGAGAACUACCACAGCGUGCUCAUGCUGUUUCACGGACUGGUGGACAAGAUGAAGGACGCCAAGCUGACCUCAAAGAGGCCUCUGGGGUUCAGGGGCAUAGUGAAAACCAUGUCGGCAGUGUUUGCCAGGAGACGGACAGACUCCUUUUAGUAAGUCUCUGCUGGAAGAGGAGAACAUGUUCUACACAUUGUGUGUGUUUUGACUGGAUGGAUUACAGUGAGUGAUAAAUAACUAUGUUACUGGGCCAAAGGUAACACUGAAGUCUCCCGAGGCAGAGACUCUGCGGAGAUGGAGCUGCUCUUCCUUUAAAUGUGUGGAAAGACUCCACAGAGGAAAAACAUGGAUACCAAACAAUGUGAUAUUGUUUUGGGUGAAAUGUUUUGAGGUUAACUACACUUCAAGUACACGAGCCUGAUGAAAUUACAGACUCAUUCAUUAGGCAAAUACUUGACGUGUAUGAUACGGUUGUUUGCAACGAUAUGCAAUAUGUUUAAAAUGUGGAUUUAGAGUGGAAAAAAUGAUAUGCACAAAAUGUGCUUCUAUUCACAGUGAUGACCAAAGAAUUAAAAAGAAAUGUACAACGUGUCUGCUUAAUCGUGUAAUUCAUUCCUUAAGUAAAACAUAUUUGUAUUUAGUCAUGUCUGAACAAUAUAAAGCAAAAUAUAUAUAUAUUUAUCAGCUCUCAUUUGUAAUUCAUGUAUUGUUUGUUUGAACCUUGUCCUACAAGGUUUUAAUUAAAGCAUGAAAUGUGA